CUUUAUUAUAAUCAAACACCAUCACCCUUUCUCUAAGUUUUCUCACUGCUUCUUUCAGGCCUGUCUACCUUCACGGAGUUUCUAUCAUGGCUCCUUCGCUUUUGUUCUCCCCGGCGCCAUAUCACAUCUUAGCAUACGGCACAUUCCUUGGCACAACCUUCUUUCAUUCAUUCAUCAAUGGCAUCGUCGCCAUCCAGACACUGCCGCGCGCGCAGUUUGCGCUGCUCCAGUCAAGGCUCUUCCCUAUCUACUUCUCAAUGCAGACGGCCAUCCCCAUUGUCCUGACCUUGACAUAUCCCCUCGACAAGACUACGAUCGGUGGCCGCUCUGGCGUUGCUGGAGUGCUGGCCCCAGCUAAUCGCUGGGCUGUUCUUGCCCCAAUUGCUCUUAUGUUCCUCGCCGGCCUGGCCAAUCUCGUGGUGGUAGGACCAGCAACCGCGAGGUGCAUGCGUGAUAGAAAAUCCCAAGAGAGGAAGGAUGGGAAGAGGAGCUUCGAUCCCCCGCCACAUUCGCAGGAGAUGGUAGCGCUGCACAAGAAAUUCGGCAUGCUUCAUGGCAUUUCGUCUCUACUCAAUCUCAGCGCUUUCAUUGGGUCUGUCAUAUACGGCAUCACCCUGUCGGCUCGAAUCCAGUGAUCUCGAUCAGCUUGCGCCGAGCAGUAUUCAUAAUACGUCAUGGGGUUGCGGGCAUCAUUGUAGUGCCUGAUGUUUGGCACAAUUUCGGCAAUAACAAUAUGUACAGAUAUCAUACCCCAUGGAACGCCAAAUUGCAGGCACCUUUGCGCCCGCUUAAACUCCUUGUGU